CUGUGCUGCGUGACUCCUAUGACAUGGCUGCCUUGCUGAUCAACUAUGGAGCAGAUGUCAAUCUGCGUUGUGCCAACGAGAGGACAGCUCUCCACGAAGCAGCCAAACUGGGCAGAGAGGACAUGGUGAAGCUUAUGCUGGUUUCUGGGGCACACCCUGACCCACAGAGCACGUAUGGAUUCACUCCUCUUGCUCUUGCUGCCCAAAGUGGACACACUGAAAUCAUGGAAAUGUUACUGCGGAAAGGAGCUAAUGCUCAUGGUCAGGCCUCUGAUUCUUCUUCCAUCUUACUUGAAGCCGCAAGUGGAGGAAAUCCAGAUGCUGUGGCUCUCUUGCUGGAGUAUGGAGCUGAUGCCAACAUCCCUAAGAAUUCAGGCCACCUGCCCAUCCACGUGGCAGCUGACAGGGGCCACUUACUAGCUCUAAAGAUACUGAUUCCAGUUACGGAUCUUGCUGCCAUUAAGCAGAGUGGGAUCAGUCCAGUUCACUGCGCAGCAGCAGGAGCACAUCCUCAGUGCCUGGAACUCCUCAUCCAGGCUGGAUUUGAUGUGAACUUCAUGCUGGAUCAGAGAAUUAACAAACACUACGAUGACCACAGGAAGUCAGCUUUGUAUUUUGCUGUAUCAAACAGUGACCUCUCUUCAGUCAAGCUGCUUCUGAGUGCUGGAGCUCUGCCUAAUCAAGACCCAGUUAACUGCCUCCAGAUAGCCCUCAGGAUGGGCAACUAUGAGCUGAUCAGUCUGCUGCUAAGGCAUGGGGCCAAUGUCAAUUACUUCUGCAGAGUUAACCCUUUACAUUUUCCAUCAGCACUGCAAUACACUCUGAAAGAUGAAGUCAUGCUCAGGAUGCUGCUGAACUAUGGGUAUGACACAGAGCGAUGUUUUGAUUGCCCACAUGGAGACAAAGUCCAUCCUUCCUAUACUGUUGAAGGCUGGACAUCUACAGUUAUCAAAGAUACUAAGUUCUGUGAAGUAAUAACUUUGUCAUGGCUGCAACAUCUCUCUGGAAAGGUUGUUCGAGUGAUGCUUGAUUAUGUUGAUCAAGUUCGGAUCUGUUCAAAGUUGAAAGCUGUGCUCCAAAAACAGGGGAUCUGGUCAGAAAUACAUUUUAUCUUAACAAACCCUCGCUCCCUAAAACACUUGUGCCGCCUAAAGAUCCGGAAAUGCAUGGGACGGUUACAUUUGCGCUGCCCUGUCUUCAUGUCAUUUCUUCCAUUACCCAAUCGUCUAAAAGCAUAUGUCCUUUACAAAGAAUACGACCUUUAUGGACAAGGAAUUUUUACAGGAACCUGGUAAUCAAACCAUUCUAAUGGAAAAGGUACAAUUUUGCAGCUGUAUUCCUUAAAGUUUCACUUAUGUAUGAUUCAUAUUUUUUGCUUUACCCACCAACUAAAAUCUCAAUGCAGUCUAAGUCCUUUAAAAAGUAGCUCUGCUUGGGAGGCUGAGGCAGGAGGACUGCUUCACCUUGGGAGGUCAAGGCUGCAGUGAGCUGUGAUCACGCCACUGC